CUCUCUCUCUCUCUCUUUCUUUGUUUCUACAUUGCAUUUUCAUUUCAUCAUCUUAUUUCAAGGCUUCUCUUUCUCUCUCUGUCUUUUCAUUGUGUUGUUUCUUUGGUGCUUUCUUUCUCAUUUUUUCUCUUUCAAGAGAAAGGAAACGCAGCUGUGCGGGGGAGAAAAUACACACCUCUUCCCUUGUCUUGCUUUGCUUUUCCGUUUUCUCUCUCUUUUUUAGAUCCGUCCUCCUCUUUCGCUUUGGUUUACUGAAGCAUCAGCAAACUGUUUGUAUUGGUAGUUUCUCUGGGCCCUAUAUCUACCAUUUAUAAGGAAAACUGAUAUUUGCCCUAAUGCAAGGGCAAAGGGGUACUAUUGAUUCUUUGCCUGAAACCUUAAGUUUUGACCAUGGUUCUGCAUCAAGUUCUGCUGUAGAUCAGCAAAUUUGCUGGAAUAAUAUGCGGAAUUCAACUGACAAUCGAUUGCCAGACUAUAUGCUAUCACCCACUGAUACAAACAUUACAUAUGUGAAUCCUAUGAUUCAUCAACGGCAAACCUUGAAUGGCUGGAGCUUAGGUGAACCCAGCUCUAGUGGUCCCCAAAAUGAAGUUAACCACGAUGAGCGGAAAACAGAACUUGGAUGGCCUCAAUUGAGUUCUUGUGAAGGAGGUGGUCCAAGGUUAGAAGAACAACAUCGUGAACCUACCAGUAGUAUUUUGCUUAAUGGCUCUAAUAUUAACCCUAACCCUCUUUUUGCACAAUGUUCCAAUUCUAACAUAAUGCAACAAAACCUAAACUUAAAUACUGGUUUUCUGAGUCAUGAUGGUGAUAAUUAUCAAGUCAUGGGAUGUCCUAAUUCAUUGAAGUCAGGUGGAUCUGAAAAUGAGCGGAUUCCACCUGCUAGUGGUUCUGAAUCUUUUCCACUUCCUUCAGGAAGUAGUGGAUAUCGAACUGAAGAGAAUGAUAGCCGACCUGGUUGUUCAUUUGAGGGUCGCCGCGCCUCCCGCAAAAGGAAGGCUCUUGAAGAACGUGUUGAACAGUCCUCUGUGAGUGGAAGUUGUAGUUAUUUUCAGCAUUCAGAAAGUAGUGCUUGGCCUGCUGUUUCUGCUCACUGUGAUGGAGGCAGCAGUUUAAGUAUGUCUGCUUCAUCAGAACAGGUAAACUCAGGACUUGUACUAGGUGUCAGAGCACCAGCUUCUGAUCGUGUACCAGAUGCAUACGUGGCAGGAAGUGCGGAAAGCUCCAGAAGAAAUUUUCGUGUGAGGAUGAAUCCUUCAGUCCAUCAAGAAUCACUUACCCCACCUCUAUUUCCAACAGGGAGUCCUGUUAUGCAUUCUAGUGUUUCAUCUAUUCACCAGUUGUCAGAUCAAUCUUUGAACUCAAGAUCAGCACCAGUGGUAGAUAAUGCAAGCCCUCAAAACCAGCCUAUUCUUAUGCAUGUUCCAACUUUGCCUCGAAAUUUGCAACCUUUUAGGUGGGAUAGAGGUUCUACCUCAAGAACUGGGAGUUCGUCAAAUCCUAAUUUUUCUAGGGAUAGAGAUGCUUUUCCACGCGAGGAAGCCCGGACAAGAAGCAUGGGAAGAAAUAUAUUGGAACAUCCUAUGUUUGUACCCACCCCUGGUUUAAGAAAUUUGGUUCGAAGUCAAGCAAAUAGGACUUUACCUGCCAGAAAUUUACAUAUACCUGGAAAUGUUGGUUCAUCAUCUCGGACGGUUUCAAGUUCAGGUGUUCAUACAUCAUCUGGUCCUUCAUGGGUUUCUCAUCUCAAUCUUCCUCCCAUUCGUUAUCCACGAAGAUUUUCUGAAUUGGUUCGUCGGUCUUUGAUUUCUUCCCUUGGUCCAGAGUCUGGAGGCCAUGGCAGUAAUCAAACUCCAUUGCAUUCUGGUCCUCCCCCUUCCCCAGAAGAUAUGGUGCUUUCAUCUGGAGCUGUUAAUCAGGUUCAUCAUCAGUCUUACCCGAUAGCACCAGCAGCAUCAUUGUUGGAGAGACAAAAUGCUGGUGUGAUUGGAUUUCCACAGCCACUGCGAAGUUUGACUCCUUCCUUUGAAGGAAGAAGCAGAUUUGUUGUAUCUGAGCAGAUUCGAAAUGUGCUGGAUCUCAUGCGUAGGGGAGAAAGCUUGCGAUAUGAGGAUGUUAUGAUCCUUGACCAGUCGGUAUUUUUUGGGGUGGCCGACAUCCAUGAUCGGCAUAGGGAUAUGCGGCUUGAUGUUGAUAACAUGUCUUAUGAGGAGUUAUUGGCUCUGGAGGAGCGCAUUGGUAAUGUGAGCACAGGAUUAAGUGAAGAAACCAUAUUGAACCGAUUGAAACAGAAGAAAUAUUCUAUCGAAACAAUAUCCCAGCAAGAGAGAGAACCAUGUUGUAUUUGUCAGGAGGAAUAUAAUGACAAUGAAGAUAUUGGAACACUUGAAUGUGGGCAUGAUUUUCACGCUAGUUGUAUCAAACAAUGGCUAAUGCACAAAAAUUUGUGCCCCAUUUGUAAAACAACAGCCCUUUCUACAUCAUAGAAAGAGAGCCAUUGUUGGUUAUGAAAGAGGGUUGGCGGAAAAAUUGUUUUUGUUUGUUAUUCAUUGGAUCCAAUACUGGUAGGUGAUGCGAUGUGUAACCUGCCAAUUUUAUUCUCCCAUUUUGAAGCUAGCUUUUCUUGUUGGAAGCCAAUUAUUAUUAUUAUUAUUAUUUUAAUUAUAAUUCUUUUUGGCCCAA